UGCAACGCGCGCCAUCUAAACAAUAAACAAAAAAACAACUAAAUACGACCAACAACUAUUGUUGUUGUUGCUGUUGUUACUGACAGCAACACAGGCAGGAGCUUAACGCUAUGCUAAGCUCUUUGUCGAGGAAAAAGGAAGCGACAUAAGUUCAAAUUCAGUAAAAGUGACUGUGAAAGUAACAAACGUGCAACACAAACAACGAGGCUGCUGCAAUUGUAGCAUUAGUGUAUUCAAUUCCUAGUCCCGGUUGUUUAGACGCCACAAUGAGAAUUCAAAUAUUGGCCCUAACACUAUUGCUGGGUCAUCUCAGCGUGCAGGCGCUUGAAGCUGAUGGCAAAGUCAAAAGCGAGAGCAACAACAACAAUGCAGCCUCCGCCGACGCCGCCGUUGCGUCACUGGAGCCGCAGCCAAGCAAAGACAAGCGACAAGUAAGCAGCAAAGAGACAGCCAAUUAUCCGAAUCAUCGCAGCGAUAGCAGCGCUGCCGCCAAUGAUGAUCCCGAAGAUGGGCAGGAGAGCAUAUAUGGCACAAAGCCAAAUCAGUUCAUCAUACGCCCCAUUGCACCGCAUCAGCAUCAGCAGCAUGAGUCGCACCAGGAGCCGCAGCUGCGCAACUUUGCGGCAGCCAAUGCGCGACCACAUGCGGCGCAACUGCUGGAGCAGAGUCAAGAGCUGCAACACUAUGUUUAUCUGCAAGACGUGCAACGGCAGCAGCCCAAGGGCAACAAGCUAACAGCAGCAACAUCAGCUGCGCCCACCAAGAAGUCGCCACCCGUCGCAGAGGAGGAGCAGGAACAGGAAGCAGAGCAGCGCUAUGCAGUGUCGAUACAGCCACAGCCACAAGGCCUGAGAGCUUAUGGCUCAGCUGCUGGUUAUCAGCUGCCAUUGCCGCUGCCAGCGCCGCAGCAUCAACAUCAGCAGCAGCAACAACAACAACAACAGCAGCCACAACCUUAUCAGGUAAUACCAGAGGAACAGUUUUUAAAAUUGCUGGAGGAAGAGCUGCAGGCACGCGCUUAUCAUGAGCAGCUGCGUCAGCAGCAGCAGCAACAUCAACAGCAGCAGCAACAGGCGCAGCAGCAGCAGCAAUCACAUAAAGCUGCAGCCACACACAAAGUUUUGCAGCAGGCAGAGCCUGUCUUGGGUCUGGGUAACUAUCGUGAGCGCUACUUAGCCGAGCAGCAGCUGCUGCAAGCCAACUAUGCGCGCGCCGGACCCAAGUACUUGCCACAUCCACAACAGCAACAUUCGCAGCAGCAGCAAUCGCAGGAAGAGGAGGAGCCCACGCCCACACGUGCUGCUCCUCAGCAACUUAUUUCAGCGCUGCCACCACAAAUUGCUUACUAUCAGCCACAGAUAAGCUACAAAACGCUGCCCAAUCAUCCGCUGGCCAAGUCCUCGCUGGAGAGCGAAAUCGAAAAGCUGCUGGCAGCAAACAAGCAUCAGGCUUUGGCUUAUGUCGACAGCAGCAAUGAGCCCUCGUUGCUGAGUCAGCAGCAGCAACAUCAUCAACAACAGCAGCAUGUACAACAGCAACAUGCACAGCAGCAGCAGCAACAUGCGCAGCUGCUGCGUCAUCCAGCGGCGCCCACUUCGCAUCCUGCACUGCGCCAGCCCAAAGCUUAUUUGGCCAGCACGCCCAACUCGCUGCUGGAUGCCAACAAUCAACCGUUUGUGCCGUCGCUCUUCAAGUUCAGCAGCUAUCAGCAGCCCACGCCCACGCGUCUGGGUCCUGUAGUUUAUCCCACGGGUGCGCCAGCGCAGCCGCAGCCUUCCCAAUACUAUUACCAGGAGGCAACCCCCACGGCGCCGCCCAAGCCCAAACAUUAUCGCAGCAAGCAGUAUAAACUGGCCGCGCCCAGUCCCACCAAGAACUAUGAGAAGGCUUUGCUUUAUGCCGACUACACGCCAGCGCCCACACCUACGACAGCUCAUUUCUAUCCCAGUCCGCCUGAUCCGCUCAAGCAUGCGCCGCAACGCCAUCAGCUAGCGCCCACUGCUUUGCCCAUUGACUAUCCCGCCUCGCCGGCGCCUUCGCAGUCCAGCAUUUAUGUUUCCCAAAGCACUGGCAUUGCCACGCCUACACGUGUUGCGCCCACUUCGAAGCUGCGCACGCUGGAGGAGCUGAAGCAGCUGAAUUUGCCGCCUCCCAAUGGCAAGCCCUUGACUCAAGCUGAGUUCCAGGCUCUGGUUGAGGCAGGCUAUCCCGUCAAGGCUGUGCCUGUGCCGGUGCCCGUGCCCUAUGAGCAGUACGUCAAGGAUCAUCCCGAGUAUCGCAAUCAUCCGCCUGUAGACUACGCACACCUAAUGCGCCUGGCAACGCGUCAACUGGCUGCGCAUCAGCGUCAACAUCAACAUCCCCAUCAGCUGUUGUCACAUCAGCGCUCACUAGCUGCGCCUUCCGAGCCCUCGGUGAAGAUUAUAUCCACGCCCACAGCAGCCGAGGUAAGUGCCGCCCAGCAGCAGCAGCAGCAUCAGCAGCAGACCGCCACAGGCAUUGGCGGCGGCAGCGUCACUUAUUUGCAGCGACAUCCACGCGAUGAGCAGGACACUGCUGUGGCCGGCACGGAGACCAAGGCCAGCGCUCCUGCCGAGUCCAAGAAGACUCAGUGAGGGUAGAAGUAAGUUGUGGGAGAGGCAGCGCUGCCGUUUAUCCUUUAGUUAAUGUCACUUUCCCGCAUUGUCUAGUUGUAAGUAUUGUAAAAAAAUGUUUCUGCAUGUUCAGCACUUGUAUAACGUUAAAUUAUAAAUAAAUC